AUGGAGUCCGAUUUGGAAGGCGAAAUAUCGUCUGCAGCAAAUCUUGUUUUUAUAAUAUUUGUUAUACUACUUUUGAUCUGUGGAAUACCUUCCAAUGCAUUGUUUCUUUGGACUUUUCUGAGAAUCAAACGCCUCCGGAAAAUCCACAAUGCCUUUGUCGGAAAUUUGGCCGUGGCUGACUUUCUUAUUACAACAUAUCUACUGUCUUUUAACCUGCUAUUUCUCUUAAAUAAGGACGCCAGAAUUCCAGAUCUGUUCUGUCAUUUUAAUGGCAUGUUUGCUCACAUAGUUUUUAGCACAUCGGUGAUAUCAGUGACCACGAUAGCUGUCCAUCGAUUUGUCAAAAUCUGUCACUUUAAUUUGUGCUCAAAAAUAUACACAAGAUCUACCGUUUCUGGGAUGAUUGCCUCCGUUUGGUUCAUAGGAAUCUUAUUUGCAUUGCCCUUAUUAUGCAUGGAGCAUUCUUUGAUAUUUGAUCCAACUUUGCAAAUGUGCAUCUUCAAUCGGUAUGUCAAUCAAGUAUACUCUAUCUGUUAUAUGUUAGUGUGUCUUUUUGCUCCAAUGAGCAUAACCAUGACAUGUUACUAUAAGAUCUUUACCUAUCUUCGAAGAAACAAACGGAACCUUGUAUCAUGGAACAAUGGAUUAGGACAACAAAGAUUUAAAAAUGAUGUAAGGUCGACAAAAUCAACAUUUGUCGUUUUCGUACUGUACCUUCUAUUAUAUAGUUUAUUUGGGAUACAGGCUACGUUCUUUAAAAAUCAUUCUCAAAUUGUUUCUGAACUUCAUUCGAUUUCUAUAUAUUUGUCAUAUGCGAACAGCUGUGUAAAUACCUUUAUUUACGGUUUUAUGAAUAAAAAUGUUUUAAGUGCAUAUAGAGAAGCAAUGAGAUGUCGAAGGUCGCGGAAAGUUCACAAUAUAUCUGUUUUAACCUCACAGAGAACAUCAACAAACAUCAGAGUAAUGAACAUAAAACCAUGCAACGUUGCUUCAACAUCGAAGACUUAAAAGACUUCAUGUCAGUGAGAAUUCCAUGUGAAUCAAUCUUUUAUUAAUUUGAUUCAAUAUUCUAUUCACAACUAAUUACACAGGUUUAUAUAAAUGGAUUGCAAUUGUUUA